AUGGCAAACCAAGAAAUAAUUUUAACCAAAGAAGAAAUAAAAGAACAAAUUGUAGAAGCUGAUAAAGAAGUUAAAAGACUACAGCUACUAACAACUAGUUUAGAGAAAGAGAGGAAUGAAUUGCUUGAAAAAAUUAGGAAAUUAGAAGCAAGUGUAGAAGAAAAAGAUAACAUAAUAGAGAAUUUAGAAGAAAGAGUAGACAUAGAAGUUGAAAUGAACUUGAAAGCACUAGACAA